GGAGUCGUGGCUGCCCUGCCUUGUCGGAGGAAGAGAAAGUUCCGCCGACAUGGCUUGGCGCGUUUGACGCGUUUGCGCCAAAUUUCUGGACUUUGCCCGCGCCAUGCGACCAAGGCCAUCAGCACACACUAUAACAUGUACUCAAUACGGCGGGGCUGCCAAUCGGCAUUGCUGCGAUCAGACAACGUCUGUCUCUACACCAAUGGCUCAAGACGCGCAUUCUCGCGCACUUCGGUGAGCCCAAGAGGCGCUCUCCCCAAUUUCCUCCCACCGUCUUCUCCCGAACUAUCCACGCUCUUAUCGACGUUCAACUCCCAAGUCCUCCUCCCCAGCCACUUGACAAAAGAGCAAGAGAAGCUCGUAUAUUCGCAAGAAAGCCGCGCAAAACUCGAAGCCGAGCCUAUAGAGAUUACCUUGGGAGAGGUCACCCUGCCUCUUGAACACAUCGACCGGAACAAGCUACCGAAUCGUUUCAAGCGGCUCAAAGCGAUUGUAAACAGGAGCGAAACCAAGGAGGACUGGGAGAAUGUUGUUAGAUGCUUGGAGGGCUUCCAAGAGGCUGGGAUCAAGAUCCACUGGCAGUGGCAGGAGCUCGUUGUGAGGAAGUUGAACCUGGCCGGUAUGCAGCAUCUUGUUCUGAAGGCGUUGCAAAGAGCAAAGGAAACGGGCGUCAAGCUGAGCAAUUACGGUGUUUUGCGUCAGGUGCUGAGGACUGUGCACGACAAAGCGGCUAUGGCCGACUGGGCACAGGACGAUACAAUCAAGGCACACAAACUAGCGAAGCAAGUGGUGGAGCUCAUGGAGGACGGGGAGCACUGUGGAGGCAAGAGACCGCACGUGGCAAUGGACAAGUUUGCAGAAGGCGACUACAGAGGGAGGCCAUCUGUGGUUGCGCUGCCGACAGAAAUGGCUGCUGUACUCGCAGACAAAUACGGUGGAGACAAAGAGGAGGUCAAGAAACUUUCUAAUCGUCUGGUCCACGCGCUACAGCAGAGCGGAUACAUGACUUCACUAGACGCUACGUCUAGGAACUCUGACGCCAGAGCUGCUGGUUUCGUAAACACCACCAAGCUCCUGGCCCAUGUCACCGACCACUGCUACGACCUUCUCGAGACACUUAUCGUGUGGAACGCUCUUAAGACGUCUCGCAAAGUGCUCGGCGCUGAAAUGCCCAUGUCAGAAGAGGCGCAGUCGUUCGAAACUAGAGCAGAGGAAGUCUUGAUGGAGGGUGUACGGUCGUUGGACGACAUGUCCAAGGACAAGGAGGGUAAGCCGCUGAUGCCGGCAUAUGUGCGCUACAUCAAGGAGACUGUUCAGAAGUCCCAAUGAGAAGGUCAUGCAUAAGAGACUCAGGCGUCAGAGCCAGCUCUGUAGUUGAGAAGCCGUUUGUGUAAGCUGUAGUAUGUAUCAUAGCACUGUGCGAAUAAAGGCUGCGUCUCUGCUAGUCAGGCAACGUAGAUGUACACCAACUUGAAGACUACCCUGAUCAAAAUACUUCCCGUUGGAAAUCGUGUGUAGCCAGUAGAUCGAGGUCAUCGAAGCAGAGAUGUCGUAAUAUAUUGUUGAACAAACGUCAUGCAGCAACGCAAACAGCGUGCCCAUACAAUCCAUCCUCAUUGCCCCAGCCGUACUGUUCCUCCACAAAAGACAGCAAAGAGCCGCACCUAUCCGCUCUACACCGACGCACCUGUCCAAGUCACAUGCAUCGUGUGGCCCAGCAAACAGCCUCGUCGCU